UGGGCUUGGAUACGGCAGGGGCGGUGACACAGAGGUGGAGAUGGUGCCCUGGCAAAAUGGGAGCUGGGGAGCCCAUCAUUAUUGAGGUGACAGAGGGGAUUACUGUGCGACUAUGCAGCCCUACCAGCGCUAUCCUGAUGUUCAGAGCAAAAAAUGAGACCGUUCAGCUCUCACUGUGUUUUCUGACUGACGUUGUCACCCUCAACAGCUCUCCUAAACACCAGACACCGUCAUCACCCCCCAGUGAGACCUCUCUGCCUCAGGUCAUCCAGGAGGCAGACACACACACAGAGGACGAGGAGGAUGCAUCACAGUGCCAUGGCAACCGCAUGGAAACGGAAUGCAUCUCUUAUCUCCUUAGCAACCAGGCCAAGGAGGAUUCCGAGGACCCCCACCACGGCUAUGUGGGGCCCUGUCCAGUGAGGGAGUUGAGGAGGCUGAGGAGGAGAGUGAGACGUGUGCUAGAGUCGUGGUUGCAGCAUUACCGCGCAGUCACGGGUAUUUGUCAGCCGGAUAUCAAGAGGAGAUUGGAGCCAGUGUGUCACCAUCUUAGCCAUAUUGAUUCUGUGCCCCUUCCCGCCGUGGGAAUUUCUGGACAGAGACAACGUGACUUGGCUCAGUGUGACAGUGAAUCUGGGUACGAACAGACCAUAAGACACAGCCAUGCCACUGUGCGCUGCCUUGUGCCGUCUUCAUCAAAACCGCAAUGCCUCACGGCACUGCUGAAGUCCCCUAAGGAGGAGGCUCAGCACAUCACAGACACCGGCAUCAUCAGGGUGCACAGCAACAUCAAGCUGGAGUCAAUUUUAGUGCCGUGGCUUCCUGCAACCUGGCACCCGUCCCCCUUGCCCCGUGACCCUUUCGGGUCCACCUGCCCAUGCCCUGCCGCCCUGCGCGCCGCCCUGAGAGGGGACGAGGGCUGGCAGGGCCGCCGCUGCCACUGCAGACGGAUACCCACCCUGACAGAUGUGGAAUACGACGCCUUCGUAGCGGGGCAGGGGGCGCGCAGCGAGCAGGUCCAGGUCAUCUGCAUCACCGGUCUGCAGAGAGAGGGCUUGGCAGCCUCAUCCAGACAUGAGGAGCUGUUGGAACAGCUGUACAGGAGGAUGAACAGGAGGAGGAGUACGCCCUGCUCACAGUGUCACACCGAUUCUUACAGACUCCUGAAGUAUGAGGUUCCCAGCCCAGAGUGGAGGGGGAUUCCCCAAAACACCUUACUGCAAAGGAGACAUAAUGUGGCACCAGGGAUGUUCCUUCUGUACCUCAGGGGCAGGCUGCUGUUGGCCAGCUACAUAUUCACUGAUGACAGCAGCUGUUCUGUCAGCGAUAUUCAAAAACACGUCUCCCAAGCCAGGAGACACUACCGGCUCAGCCAGUUCCUUCCUCCACACUUCAAAAUCAGUACAGCAGGGGAGCAGGCCUGUGCUGCAGCAGGUGUGUGUGUGAACCCGUUCUCUUGAGCCCCCUCAUCCCCCCAAGUGCCCAGGAAAAUACUUACGGACUAUGAGAGGAUCAUGAAGUUCUCUCUUUGGUUCGGAUGAGCUCUUCGUCUUCAAGGCAUCGUGCAGCUGUCAUAAGCAGGAGGCUGAGAGUGUGGGUUACAGUAUUGGAUUUAGCAUUUUGUUUUAAAACCUACUUUGAUUUGCAACAAUCCUUGUCAAAAUCAAACAUUGCUGUUCAAUAAGAAUGUGAAAUCAUAAUUGACAGCGUUCAUAAACAAGAAUGAAACCACUGGAAUUGUUCAAGCCGUGCAGGUUUGUUGCUUUCAUCAUCUUCAUAGCCUCUCCACCGCAGUGUGU